UCAUCAACAUUUUAUCAGCGGCGAACAGCACCGCACAUUUUCUCGUCACUAUUCGCACAACCAACGUAGCAGCGGUCGUCGUUGUUCCCCCCUGAUUGGUAAUACCCGACAGAUCAGAAUCGAAUCGACGACAUGAUCCUUCACGUAGCGUUCGCAGCGUUCCUGUUGGUUAACUCGGCGAUCGCCGACGCCGGUGUCCAGGAACAGGUGGCCGUCGAGUCAGACGAGGGCGUGCUUGUGUUGACCAAAGACAAUUUCCAAAGUAUUGUCUCGUCGUCCGAAUACCUGCUCGUCAAAUUCUAUGCACCAUGGUGUGGUCACUGCAAACAAUUAGCACCAGAAUACGCAAAUGCGGCCCAACAUUUAACCCAAAAUGAAUUAUCAGUUAAAUUGGGCAAAGUAGAUGCCACUAUUGAGAGUGACUUAGCCGAACAGUUUGGAAUCCGUGGGUAUCCAACUUUGAAGUUCUUUAAAAAUGGAAAACCAAUUGACUACUCAGGUGGCCGAACUAAAGAUGAAAUCGUUCAAUGGGUAUUGAAAAAAUCUGGUCCAGCUGCAAAAGCUUUGCAAUCAGAAGAAGAGUUACAAUCAUUCAUUGAGGGAAAAAAUGUUGCUAUUGUUGGUUAUUUCGAAAAUUUAGAGUCAGAGGCAGCAAAAUUAUUUUCGGAACUGGCAGAUUCUGUUGAUGAUCAUCCAUUUGGUCUUGUAUCAGAUUAUUCUAAAUUCUCUAGUUUAGAACACAAAGAUACAUUUGUUUUAUAUAAAGAUUUUGACGAAAAGAAAGUUCCAUUCGACAAAGAUAUUGCCAAUGUUGAAGACAUCAAGAAAUUUAUUUUUGUUCAUUCGUUGCCUCCCAUUAUAGAGUUCAACCAAGAUACUGCUCAAAAAAUAUUUGGUGGUCAGAUUAAGAGUCAUUUGUUGCUCUUCUUAUCUAAAAAAGAAGGACAUUUUGAAAAAUUCAUUGAUGACAUUAAGCCUGUUGCACUUGACUUCAGAGGAAAAAUUGUUAUUGUUACUAUUGAUGCUGACGAAGAAGAACAUCAAAGGAUUUUGGAGUUCUUUGGAAUGAAAAAGAAUGAAGUACCAAGCAUGAGGGCAAUUAAACUUGAAGACGAUAUGACCAAAUUUAAACCAGAAUCUCCCGAAUUAACUGGAGAGAAUGUGAGGAAAUUCGUCUCCGAUUUUGUUGAAGGAAAAGUGAAGCAACAUUUGCUCUCUGAAGAAUUACCCGAAGAUUGGAACAAAACUCCAGUCUGGACUUUGACUGCAACCAACUUUGAUAGUGUAGCUUUAGAUUCAACUAAGAAUGUACUUGUAGAAUUUUAUGCCCCAUGGUGCGGACACUGCAAACAGCUUGCACCAAUUUUUGACAAAGUUGGAGAAUAUUUCGCUGAUAAAGAUGAUAUUGUCAUUGCGAAAAUGGAUGCUACAGUUAAUGAACUUGAGCAUACCAAAAUUUCCAGCUUCCCUACAUUAACAUUCUAUCCAAAGGGAGAUAGUCCAAAAGCCAUUGAAUAUAAUGGAGACAGAACAUUAGAAGCAAUCAUUAAGUUUAUCGAAGCUGAUGGUAAACAAGAAAGUUCUUCUAGCACAACGAGUGAGGAAGAAGAAGAAGAAGAAGAACGUGAGAAGCCUAAAGAUGAAUUGUAGAUAUUAAUUGUAAUGAUAUUUUUAUUAUUUUUUUUUUUCCCCGUCUUACUUGUGAAAAACUUCAGCACACCCAAUUUUGUACAUAUAGCUAAUUUUGGUUGUAUUUACAUUAUUUAAACUAUACAAUUGGUAUUAUUACUAUUGUAAGAAAUUCAAUUUAAGUUUAAUUUUCAUAAUGUACCCUUUCUCAAGACUGUCAUAGAUGGUUCUGAGAUGGACUUCUUAAGAACCAUAUUUUAUUUUAAAUCAAUGUCUAUGAUUUUUCCUUGGUAAGUAAAAUAAAAAUAAUAAAAUUAAUAUUGAUAUUUUUAAUUAAUUCGUGAAUCAUUAUUUUAAGUUAUAGUUAAAAACAUUUAUUUAUUAAACCACAAUUACUCAUGAGUAAUUUAAUUUAUAGAUCUUUUUACUAAUUUUAUAUACUAAUAAUAACAUCGAUUUCUGAAAUUAAUUUUAAUGGUAAAGUUUAGCCAUAGGUUUUAUUCAUACUUUGAUACAAAUCAUCAUAUUAUAUAUUUUUUUUACAUUUGUUAUGUAUUAAAACAAGCAUGGGUGUAUUUUUAUUUUAUCAUAAUGUUUUAACAUCACAAAAAUUCAUAUUUUUACUUCAUUUGGUUUGUUAAAAUGUUAUCUUAUUGUAGUUAUUUUAAAAUAAAUGCUUUAUAAUUUAUUUUGAGUUUAUUAUGAUUAUCUGUGCUAUGAUGGUUGAAAGGUCUUAAGACACACUUUUAAAGACAGUAGUACCAACAUGUGAUAAAAUAAUAGCAUUUGAGUUUAAUUUAGUUAUUUUUAAUCAGUGUAUAAUUGCUACACGUGAUGACGUUUUACCAAAUUGUUUUCUGAUGAUAGUCUAUAAUGCCAAGUGCAAAAAUGUAUAUUAUAUUAUAAUUUUUAACUGAGAAAUGUUAAUAUGAAAAUAUAUGAUAUAUCAUCAAAAACUUUAAAUAUAAGAUUUAAUUUUUUAAAUUAUAAUAAUAACCUUAUAAUUACUUCAGGUACAUUAUUGAUUAUGUUAUGAUAAGAAGUUCUUCAAGUAUUUAUGUAGUCCUACAUUGUAAUGUCUAUAUUCUAUAUGAGUUAUAAAUUUAAUAGAUAAUA